UCUCCUUCUUCUCUAGAAGCUCGACUUCGCUCCCGUGGCCAUGUUAGGCGGGGCUAGUCCUCUCGCUCAACAAUCGACGUUCUAACGGCAAAUUCUGCAGUGCUGUCCGCACGCGAGCAGAAACUUGAGAGACCGCGGCGGCUUUGGCUGCAUCGCCUUGUAGAUUCUGGUUCGCACAUACUGGCCCACUUCGCCUUCUGUGUCGAAUGAUGUCGAACUGCCUGCCGUUGCCUAGCCGACGACGACGACGAAGACGUUCCAAGACUUUGCUUCUGCGUCCGCCUGCGCUCAUCGCCUAACAAACUCCUUGUGCUCAGUCUCGCCUCCCCCACACGGCCAAUCGGUAACGGGCUGCUCCGUCGACCAAUUUUCUGUGCACAGGCAGGAAGGGCCUAACUAUCUCGUUCGUUGCUGGCACAAGCUCUUGCUUAGGAAGUGCAUCUGUGCAAAACGAACAUCAUGGCCCCCAGCGAAGCCGCUAUAAAGGCGAUGAAGGACCAGGUGUACCAGCUCCUGGUUGCGGAUUUGAAGAACGUUUGCCGAGAUGAGUCGCUACCGGUCUCUGGCACAAAAGGUUUACUUCAGCAGAGGAUAAGGCAACGUGAGUGUUUCAUAUCAUCUUCGCAACUAUGGGAUCUGCUCUCAGCCACUUUUUAACGGCUUUCUCCCUUCGAUUGUUGCAGCCUUUUGCUGACCGCUCGUCCUUCUUUGCAGGCAUAGACGUGAUGGUCGGGAAAAACAACAUUGCCGGGCUCAAUCACAUGCGCAAUUCUCUCUUAGCAGUCAGCCAAAGCCCAUUGCCACCGCUUACCACGUCAACACAUUCGCAACUGGGAGCCGAAAGCUACUCCGGCAGUUCAGGCUCAGGAUAUUCCAACGGCACAGGGAGCUUAUCUCGUAAUCCUUUCGGGAGUGGCGUAUGGUUCCGCGCGAGCCCAUUCUUUGAAAUUCUUGAGCCUCUCGCGCGCCCCGUGGACUUGCCGCCCUAUCCAAAUCACCGAAAUCAAGUCUAUAUUAAUUUCAUACUCUCCCAGCACAACAUAGACCGUAUGCGUGCCGACUCAUCGUUGCGCGUGCUCCUCUACUGCGCAGCCCAACCGGACGACAUCUCCUCGGCUAUAGCCCCACAAGAUAUAUCUUUCCCUACACAGCUCGAAGUCAAAGUCAACGAACAGGAAGUGCGUGCAAACUUCAAAGGAGUGAAGAACAAGCCAGGUUCAACGCGGCCGGCGGAUGUGACGGGCUUUGUCACAAAACAACCGCAGUUCACGAACCGAGUGCAAGUUACGUACGCGUUGACACAGAAGGCAUUCACGUUAAUGGCUCUGCUUGUUAAGAAGCGAUCGGUCGACGAGCUAGUCACGCGUAUCAAGCAUGGCAAGGUCAUCACGCGAGAAAAAGUCCUUAGUGAGAUGCAAAUGAGAGCCAAAGACCCUGAUAUCGUUGUGAGCUCUAGCGUCAUGUCGCUAAAGGAUCCGGUCUCGUACAUGCGAAUAUCUGUACCGUGUCGAUCCGACGUCUGCUCCCAUCACCAAUGCUUUGAUGCUGCUUCUUUCCUUCAGCUGCAGGAGCAGGCGCCUACCUGGACAUGUCCGAUCUGCAACAAGGUCGUGUCUUUCGAAGGCCUUGUCGUCGACCAGUAUUUCGAGGAUAUCCUGCAGAAUACGAGCAGUUCCACAUAUCAAGUCACAGUUGAACCGGAUGGCCGGUGGUCAGCGAAUACAUCUGAUGGACCAGCAGGCCGGAAUGGAUUCGAUAACGACUCCGCCGACGAAGAUUCCAACGAUGACAUCGUAGAAGUGGCCAAACCCAUCAAGAAAGAAUCAUUCGGGACAAAUGUCACACCGGUCACUCCGUUUUCCAUGGUCGCUCCCACGCCUCCCGGGGUUUCGCCUAUGGCAAGCAACUCAGCACCAUCAAGGCCCUCACAGGGCCAGAAGCGCAAGUCUGAAGUUAUCGAUCUGACGUUGAGUGAUGACGAUGACGAGCCACCGUCAAAGCGGCAAGCGUAUAAUACACCCAAUAGCCUUUCCGAUCAUGGAAGCCGGUCUGGCCGGACGAACGGGUAUUCGUACCCGAGCCAUGCUUCGAGUUUCCCAAACAGAACUAACGGGCCUCUGCGCUUUCAGAUAGGUAGCAGCUCCUCAAGGGAUAGCAGCGGCGGAAGCAGCAUUCGCAACAUCGGCAACAGCAUCCAUAAUAACAGCAGAAAUUACGGCGUCAACAUGGAUAACACUACUGGUGCUCAGCACCACUAUAAUCACGAUCACAACGCCAUUGCGGCGACUACGGGCAGAGCCGACGUCAUUUUCGGCGGCACAAGUAACCCUUCGUUUUCACAAUCCCGCUCAGGUAGCAGAGCAAGCCCCCUCUCCGGUUCCGCUCUCGCACCUAUAAACCUGACGGAGUCGCCCCCGCAACGACCUCCCUCUGCACUGGGACCUUACUCGGCGGGCUCCUUGUUCGGAAGGGCGCCCGACCCGCCACCGACGCUGCCGCGACUCACAGACUUUGAUGGCGGAUUUCCCAGCCCGCCGCCGAUUCCGGCAUCAGCGACGCAAACGCAGAGGGCAAAUGCCCAUCUUGAGCCAAGCCAGCAGUCUGAACAGCGCAGCAUUCUGAGACAGUUGGCGAAUCCGUUUCGGUGAGAUUGGCCAACCGCUGGCAUUUGCUGGCCGGUGUCAUUGGUCUAUAUUUUUUUUGAUUCGUUGAGAAGUUUGUUGACAUUUGUGGACACGAUUUUCAUAUUUGCGUGGCGUACGUGAUACCGUUAUCAGCAUUGGUGUCUGCUCUUUUUGAGCGCUGCGAGGGCAGCAAAAGCGAGGCGUUUAUCUUUACUUGGAUGGGGGCUCUGAAGACGUGUAUUCGCAUUCGUAUGACGAGCAUGGUUAUUGGGAUGGAAAGGUCAUGAGGCUCGGUUUGGUUGGCAUAAAGGUGGAACUGGCGAAAUUGCACCUGCGCGACGGCAGCCAACCCGGUUGCCGAACGAGGUAGUGGUCUCCUUGCGGCACCCUAUUCCUUUGGCCGCAGGCGAUAGACAGAUUGCUCGACAAUCACAGACGAGGUCAAAGUUUCUCCAGCCAGUGUUUCCAUAUCUUCCUAAAGCGUAGUGAUGCACCGGGCCAUGGCCGUGCGAGC